GAAAGACACUGCGAUAAAAAGUUAGAUUUGGCAAAAGAUCAACUCUAUAAAAUUAGCUUUUUAUUAAUGCUUAAUUUUUUUAAGACAAUCCUUUUUCUGUAUCUGUGUUCACAGUCACUACUUUAUAUAUACAUAUAUUGACUUUGUGUAUAUCCAUUGAUUACAUACCCAAAUCUCACAAACAAUCUUCCUUGCCAACCCAUCAAAAUAAUGUAUAUAAAUUGCAACAUUUUGAUUUAAAAGAUCACAAAGUUGAGGAAAUUACAAAGCCAAGAGCAAUAUAUCUUCUCAUAAGAUGGCAUUACCCAAAUCUUUUCUUGUCGUGCUAGUCAUUGUUCUUGGAUUUUCUAGCAUCAUUAAGGCGAAUGCCGUCCCUUCUACAAGAGCCAAGCGUCUAAUGCAUGACAAUCUUGCAAAUGUCAAAGCUUCAAUGAGCUUCUACAAGGGUGGUAUAGAAGCAUUAAUGCAUGAUGAAGGGGAAAUCAUGGAAAGAAAGAUGAGAGAAAUAGAAGUGCAAGACUACCCUGGUUCCGGAGCUAACAAUCGCCACACUCCAAGGCCUCAAUUUAGUGGUUGUGUUGAUUGUUAGAAUUGAAUAGCCCAACCUAUAUUGAAAUUAAAGAAUGCUGAUCUGAUCUUGCGCAUUUUAUGUAUUCUUGCUACUAUAAGAUUAUAUAUGUAAUAACUAGUUAUAAUUAUUUUGUACUACUAAUUAUAUUAUUAUGUAUGGUCUUAGAUGAUGUUACUAGUUAUGGUUAACUCUGCUGCCUUAUAUUUGUGUACAUAAAAUGAUUGUAGGAAAUGUUAUUACUUAUCUUAUCAGCUAUAAUAAUUGCUGGUUCAGUCUUGUA